CCAGCUGGCUUCCGGGGAUUGAGAGGGUCCGCAUCGGCAGACGGGUGACGGCAGACGUCGGUCUUGUGGCUCGGGGUGGGGGGUGGAAAGGGCGAAGGAGCACAUCAUCCCCGACAUCCACCUCUCGAUUUCAGACACUUCCGAUAUGUCAAGAAAGCUACAGCGGACGGAGAUCUGCGCCGACUGCAGUGCGCCAGACCCGGGCUGGACCAGUAUCAACAGAGGGGUACUGAUCUGCGAUGAAUGCUGUUCAGUCCACCGCAGUUUAGGCCGCCAUAUCUCCAUAGUCAAGCACCUGAGGCACAGCGGAUGGCCACCUGCAUUAAUGCAGAUGGUUCAAACUUUGGCCGGCAAUGGGGCCAACUCCAUUUGGGAACACAGUCUUCUGGAUCCCGCUCAGGUACAGAGCGGCCGAAGGAAACCCAACCCACAGGACAAAGUCCAUCCCACAAAGUCUGAGUUCAUCAGAGCCAAAUACCAGAUGCUGGCCUUUGUGCACAAGCUACCCUGUCGCGACGAUGACGGCGUAACUACCAAGGACCUCAGCAAGCAACUUCACUCAAGUGUGCGAACAGGAAGUUUAGAGACGUGUCUUCGGCUGCUGUCCCUCGGCGCUCAGGCCAACUUCUUCCACCCAGAGAAGGGCACUACGCCUCUCCAUGUGGCAGCCAAGGCGGGGCAGAUUUUACAAGCGGAGCUACUAGUGGUAUACGGCGCCGACCCCGGAGCGCCUGACAUCAAUGGACGCACACCCAUGGAUUACGCCAGGCAGGCGGGCCACAUAGAGUUAGCGGAGCGACUGGUUGAAUGUCAAUAUGAGUUGACGGACAGGUUGGCCUUCUACCUGUGUGGUCGACGCCCAGAUCACAAGAAUGGUCAUUAUAUCAUCCCUCAAAUGGCAGACAGAGCUCGUCCUAAGUGCCCGACACAGAGUCUGGACCUCUCAGAACUGGCCAAGGCGGCAAAGAAGAAGCUCCAAGCGCUUAAUAAUCGUCUGUUUGAGGAGCUUGCAAUGGAUGUCUACGAUGAAGUGGAUCGCAGAGAAAAUGAUGCGGUGUGGCUUACUACACAGAACCACAGUACUCUGGUUACGGAACGAAGCGCUGUGCCCUUCUUACCAGUCAAUCCUGAGUACUCUGCCACGCGAAACCAGGGCCGUCAGAAACUUGCACGUUUCAAUGCUCGGGAGUUUGCCACGCUCAUCAUUGACAUCCUGAGUGAUGCCAAAAGGAGACAGCAGGGGAAAGGUCUCAGCAGUCCAACUGAUCCAUUGGACCUGGGAUUUGAUGAUGACCAGCAUGACUAUGAUAGUGUAGCCUCUGAUGAAGACACAGACAGCGAGCUGACCACCCAAAAUAACAACAACACACAACGCAACAAUCGUGCGAAGAGUAUGGACUCGUCUGAUUUGUCGGAUGGGCCCAUCACUCUGCAUGAGUACCUGGAGGUCAAGAAAGCCCUGGCCUCCUCGGAAGCCAAGGUGCAGCAGCUGAUGAAGGUCAACAACAACCUCAGUGAGGAACUCAGGCGGCUUCAGAACGAGAUCACACGGAUGCAGACAGAGAACAGCGCGCUGCGGGGCGGCCAGCAUGCUGGGGGGCCAGUGGGCCACGGGGUCGGGGGCCCAAGUGGAGGCGGAGGAACCGUCUGGCUGGGUGGGCGAGUAGUAAUUGGCGGGGGUCUGACCGUAUUGGGGAAAGGAGUCGAUCCCUCGGGGCUCACGGUGCCCUCCUCAGCCACCUCGCAGUCCCACCCCCAUCGGCGAGACCGCCAGGCCUUCUCCAUGUAUGAGCCCGGUGCUGCCCCCAAACCCACGGCCCACGGUCCCCCAGCCCUGGACUCCCUGGCAGCCCGCCUGCAGCCCCUCAACACACCCAGCGUAAGGAAGGGUAGUACGGGUGGUUUAACUUCAUACGGAGGCCAACAUCUGUCUGGAUCUUUAGAGAUGGGCCGAUACAUGAUUCCUAAAUCGGACAAGCAUGGUAGUGGUACCGACAGCGACUACGACAACACGCAAACGUACGACCCCUCGAUAAGCGUGGGUCGCAGCAGCGAGGAGGAGGGAGGCGGCGUUGAGAUGGGCGAUCCAGACCCGACCUUGCCGUGCACAGAGGACGUCAUACUUAAGACUGAGCAGGUGACCAAGAACAUCCAGGAGCUUCUCAGGGCAGCUCAGGAGUUCAAACAUGACAGCUUUGUACCGUGUUCUGAGAAGAUCCACUCUGCUGUCACUGAAAUGGCCUCGCUGUUUCCCAAACGCCCGGCCCUGGAUGCAGUCCACUGUUCGCUCCGCCUGUUGGCCUCCAGCGCCUCGCGCUUACAGGUGGAGUGCCGCAAGGCGGCGCCUUCGGAGCCCGGCGCUCCCUCGGUGGACUACCAGCUCCUCACUCAGCAGGUCAUCCAGUGCGCCUACGACAUAGCCAAGGCCGCCAAGCAGUUGGUCACCAUCACCACUCGCGAGAAGAAGCAGUGACACGCGCCAAGCUGCUGAGAGAAGCGGGGAGGAGGAGAACUGGGCAAAGAAGAACGGGAAGAAGAAGUCCAAUGUGAUCCUGUCAUUAGGUGGCGGGGGAGGAGUGAGCAAGGGAGCAGCGGGGGAAGAAAAGUUUGGACAAUGCAUGGAAAGGAAUCUGAUGGAAACAUUAACGAUUAAAUGAGCACAGAGAGGGAACGGGUGGAGGAACGCAAUGGAAACUACAAGUUGCAGAAUCCGACGUGUAAGAUAAAAGGCUGGAAGUGGGAUGCAAACAAGGAAGCAUCAUGGUGCUGAUCGUGCAUCCUGACACGCUGCCACUUUAUUUAUUCUCCCACCCCCGUCGUCGUCGUCAUCCCCCCUUCAGCCCGAUCACCUGAACCAACAUCAACUGUGACGGCCCGUCUUUCGCUCGCCUGUGCCACUCCACACCUCGCUCCUCUCCUUCUCUGGUUUGCUCCUGCAAGGGCCUUCCAGCGUUGUCUUGUGGAGCUCCUUCACAGCAUGUUCUGGCAUGUUUCUUUCUUCGGAUCCCUUUGAACGGGCAGAUUUGGGAUGGGUGUACAUCUCUAAGACUUACAAAAAUGCUUACACUGGAAUAAUUGUGAUGUAUUGUUUUGUUUUUUGUUUUGUAUUGAUAUUUUUACUGACGCGUUUUGUUAUGUUUGUCGUCGUCUCACUUAUGAUUCUCAUUUAGUGGCGCAGGGAGACAUUGUUCAACUUCUUACUGGGAUUUAGCUUAGUAAACAACCUGUCCUGAGCAGUUCUCGAGCACUCUUUUGGAGUUUUUGACAAUUGCUCCUUGAAAGACACACUCAACGGCCGAGGGGUUUAUCAGGUGCCAAAGUGUUUGGAUUGAACGGUCAGACCAAAAACCCCUUGGUCUUGUCUUAUGACAGGACAUGGAUCACAAUGUUUUAAUGAAACCUCAAUUGUCUUUUAAUGUUUGAUUUAUUUUUUUUUUCCUCAACAUUUUUUUUAAUUUUAAUUUCUCUUACAAUUUGCCUCAUUUUACUGCUCCAGUGGAAUCAUCUCACAAUUACCCAUUGUCGAAUGUUGCAUUUCCGAUAUCCAGAACACCAUUACGAGAUCUUUUUUGCUUCAUAUAUCGCUGGUGUCGAGCGGAAGCCUCCCAUAAUCCAAAUUUUGUCACAGAUUUAUACUAUUGGUCGGUCCACAUCUGGGUCUGUUAUUUUUACAAAUGAAUGACCAAUCUAAAGUCUUGAAACUGGCUGCAAAUGUUAAUGGCUCAACAAACAGUAGUCAGUUCAUUUGUAAUUGAUUUAGCUUUCUAAUUAUUUUAGCUGCCUGCUGAGCACAGUGAAGCCCCGUCUUUAAAUUCUUCCUAAUUCUGUGUUGAUGUGGUCUGCUGAUUCGGCCUGCCAAAAUACAAUCUGUGAACGGAGACUGCAUUGUAAACACAGAAAGCUGGCCUCGCACAGGUGACAGAGGUGGUUGAACCGUGGCCCAGAGUGCCAGCCUGCUACAUUUUUUGUUUCCCCCCCCCCCAUUUGACCUUGCCAAGUCCCAUCCAGCACUUGAGAUGAAGAGAUGGACCACUUUCAGCACUUCAAAUUGUUUAAAUUGGUAGUUUUGUUUUGCUCACGUCUAUCUGUCGCAUGCCUCCGCCGGUGAGGGCUGAUUGUUUGCCAUGCCCUAAAAAGACUUGCAAUGUAUCAUUGCUUGAUAUUGAAUGCCUUUGCACAUGAUCAUCUCCCGUUUUGACUGGCUGCAAUGUUGUUCUGACUGCUACAACAACAGAAAUACUUCCAUCGACAAAGCUUCUCCCAUCAAUCAAGUUUUAGACGAGAGCCAUAUCUAUAAAUAUGAACAUAUAUAUUUUCAUGCUACUAUAUUUUAUAUUAAGCAACAUGUUUGGGUUGUAUCUGUGAGAUAUUUAUGUUCAUUCGUUGGCCCAAGUGGGCUUCAGGCUGUGAGAGUUAUUCACCAAGUAUCGGGUUCAGUUUGGGCUAGUGAGUGUGCUGCCGCGGUGGCAGGAAAGCGAUGGAUCUCGCAGGUGGCUUGUGCUUUUGCACUAUUUGUCCCAAACACCAACGGGAGGAAGUCACAUCUACAUCGUGUAAUGCCCUCUGCUCAAGGUCAUAGUUCAAGUGCGUUAGGCGCUGCCAUAUGUGCAGUGUGGUGGAAUAGGAAAAGGUGUUAAGCAUGCUGGGCUCAGCACUACAAGUCAUCUCAAUUUUUAUUUUUAUUUUGGAGGGAGGGAGGGAGGGGGGGGGGGAGGGGGGCCAAAAACUGCACAUGGCACCUCUCAGCCCCUGGCUUCAUGGACACCAAGUGUGAAUGUUUUUGUCCCAUCAUGCCCAGCACACUUUUAUUUCUCCAGCUGCACCCACUUUUAAGAAUCUAAACACCCUCCCAAUAGUCAUCGGCUGGACCAAGGAAGCCUUCCGUCAAGCCAGCGAUUUAUUUGAGCCCACCCCGAUCCUUAACCACUGGCCGUGCGCUGUUGUAUUGUGUUGCGUUGCUGUCCUUGUGCAUCACCUCACGGGCCUACAUUUUGGGAGAAGGGUGACUGGAGCCUUGUCUUUUAACAGAAAACACUAAAAAAUUGUAUAAACGUAGAGACUGAGAACAAUGACUUAAAAAGGUCAGUCGUAAUGGAAACUCAUAAGCUGUACAUUUGUAAUAAAAUAAUAAAACAAGUUAAUAGUCAA